AUGCAAAAACACGCAAAAGAACACCCGUUGAAACUUGCGUGUCUCUAUUGCAAGUUCAAGUGCUCGAAGCGAUCGCAGCUGUCGGAGCACCUGAGGAGUCACGACGCGUACCACCGCUGCGCGGAGUGCGGGUACGCCACGCUCGCGCGCCAGACGUACGAGGCGCACGUGCGGUCGCACGACAAGUCGCUGGCGUGCUACGCGUGCGACUACGUGUGCACGAGCGCCGGCGACCGCGCGGCGCACGCGCGCACGCACUGCAACGAGAAGCCGUUCCAGUGCCUGUCGUGCGGCGUGGGCUUCCACAGGAAGUACCAGCUGCAGCGACACCGCGGCGAGCGCAUGUGUGCGAGAGCUAAUACACUCGGACAGUUGACACAACUAGAAUAG